UGGAGCAGUCGAGACAAUGAUUUUUCUGUCUCUCCCUCCUCGCCGCAGACUGCUCGUCGUUCAUGUCGUUACCUAGCCUCUGUAUCUGGUGCCAUUUCGCCGGAUUUGGUUGCGUUCUGGCCUCUAGUCGAUGCUCUAGCUUCUCCCAGGCCCUCGUUGCACACGGCCGGGCUGGAGGGCAGGCCGGAAUCUUGAUCGGCGACGCCGCCGGGGUUGCCCAAGCAUGGGGCGAGAUGGAUUUCGUGAGGUUGCAGGCAGUUAAUUAGGCGGCAUUCCUUUGCGAGCAAGAAGAUGGCAUUGAGUGUGCUUUCUCGAACUUUUUCAGGCUUCGAUUCGGGACACUUGGAUUGUCUAGGCGAAGACUCAUCGACGAAUUUUAAAUUUGUAUCGGAGGAUAUCAUUGUAAACAUCUUCUCCAGGCUCGAAGGGGACCCUCGCCAUCUGGCAAGACUUGCCUGCGUUUGCCAGAGAUUCUUGAGUGUUGUGAGAGAUGUCUGCUGGAAGCGACACUGCGUCCGGUACGUGCCAGACUUGUUGCCGUCGCCCCGAGUUCAUUUCGAUGCAAUGGCUCCACCACCUGGCGGCUGGGACGGGCUGAUGAAGCUGCUCGUGUGUUGCCCCGGCCUGAAACACUCGGGUGUGCUUCUCGACUGCUGGGAUUUUGGGUUAGAUAGAGAGCUAGGAUCCAGUGCAGAGUAUAAUCCCCAUCGUAAAAUUCGUCGCAAGAGCAAGCGCAGGGCCACGCGCUGCCAAGGCCAGGCGAGCGGAGAAGUGAAUUGUCCUGCAGACCGCGUUCCUUCCUGCCGCUCCGAUCUUCAUGGCUCGGUGAAUUCAGCGCAGCAGAAAGUCGAGCUACCAGAAGCCCUUGCCGAGGACUCGAGAAAAGCUGUGGCGGAGGAACGGUGUCAAUCGGAGAAGGGAUGCGGAUCGAAUUGCCAAAGUCCCAGCGAGUACAUUCGGCCGGUGACUAUAAAAGAAGCGGACGACGGGACCGUGUCCACGAUUAAGCAGAAGUACACUUCGGAUGAAGGUUGUGCACUGGUGUUAGAUAUAGGGCCGGCGAAUUCCAGGAAAAGAAAGGAACUGUCAGAGGUCAUCAAGGAGGAGAAUGCUGCCAUCAGGGAACAACCUGCAUUCAUAGGAGAAGGCGAUAGUGAGUGCAAGCCCUUAGAGAUGCAUUUGGCUUCUGGAGUUCGGAACCUAUCGAGAGAACAGGGUACCAAGCUCCUGGCCAGCCGAUUCCGUGCCGACUGUCUGUACAUAUGUGACUGGCCUGGCUGCGAACACCCGGGCGAGAAGAGAAAGUAUUAUAUCUUCCGCGGGAUCUUCAAAAACUUCCGAGCAUCGCAUGUCUGGAGGAAUUUGAAGGACAUGAAGUCGAAGCCUAUUGACGUUCCAUGUGCAUUUUGCUCAACUUCUUACUCCUGGGACAUGAUGACAGCAUUUUGCCUCAGACGCUCGUUCGAAUACCAUGAUGAUGGUGAGCCUGUGGUUCGUGCUUAUGUGUGUGAAAACGGCCAUGUGUCCGGAGCUUGGACCGAUCGUCCUGUUCAAGUCUUGUGAAGGUUGUUACCAGAAGAAUUUGGGGACCUCCUUUCUGCAGAGACAGUGUCAGUCGCUCCAUCCCCACUCUCGUGGUGACUAGGUUUCAUGCGCUGAUCGAGUGUAGAUUCCCUGGGUUCCCCGAUUAUUAUAUCUGUGCAGUUAGUCCUUCGGUUCAGCUGAUAUCGUUACUGGCGUGUAGGUCAGCUACAAAUAAAUACAUAUUGAGAUUUCCUACUUCAGGUCUCAAAUCCUGCA